UUCAAUCCGAGCCACAUGAGGUUAGAGAAGAAUUAUGAGUGCACAACUAGAGAAACUUGUCGCGAGGGCGACGAGAAAGAAAAUUCGCCCUUAUGGAACGAAGGGAUGACGAACUAUGGCAGAAGGAGUCUGAGGGAUGUUGAGGAGGUGCUAGAGGCUGCUCGCGCGUUCCCUUCUGUGCCCGCUGCACUAAACAAUCAAAGUACAUACAGAGAGUCCGUUGCUCCGCCGCAAAACAGCAACUUCUCAAAAUUCGCGCUGAAAUCGGCUUUAGAUCGCAACGAGUGGAAGAGAAAAGGAGGGAGGUUCUCGUUCGACAGACUGGUCCACGUGUGCAGCGAGACCGUGGCGCAGAGCAUCCGACAGUGCAUCGCCGAAUCCCCUGACGAAGUCCCCGCCAACGUCAAGGACAUCGGCCUGGAGAGAGGGGCGGCCAUCAUCGGGGACAUGAUCAAGGAUUUCGUGGCCACGCUGCCCUCCGACGUCGAUAAGGAGGGGGAGGCUUGCAAAGGCGAGGAGGGCGCGGAGAGUGAAGACGGGAGGGACGCCACGCCCCUCGCGGAAGAUACGACGAUUGUCCCCGAGACCAAAGACGACGACGACGAUGACGACGACGGCAAGGAGACGCCAACGUCGCCGCCGACGCCUCCUCCUGACGAGAUAAGAGAAGCCUUACUCGACGACGAUGAGGCGGAAACCAUAAAAGAUUCAUCCUCGCCAAGAAUGAGCCAAGAUAUCUGCGAUGAUAACACUUCAGGCGAGGCGCCUGGCGGAGUAAGAAUAAGUGGCUGCGGCAGUGCGUUCGUGCUGCCCUCCUUCAAGAAGCUGGAGGAGCCCAAAGUUGUGAGCAGGAGAGGCUCCUUGGACGCGCAGGAGUCGUCGCGAAUCCGGCUUAGCAAGACGGGGAAGAUCGAGGUCGUGGACGCGAGCGAAGUAGGCGGCGAGCCCGACCCCAUCACGGAAGAGGGUGGCGACCGCCUCGACUCGGAGGAUGAAGGCAGAUUCCAGGACAGCGUGAGCUCCCAGCAGGAGGGCCCCGAUGCGCCCUCGGCCAGGAGGAGUAGCUUCACGGAGCGGUUCAACCUGUGGCGGAUGUCGUGGAAGUACAAGAACGACAGCCAGCCGCCGAGUCGCAGCGAAUCGCUCAAGAUACGGCUGAUGCAGCGGCGUGCGAGCGGCUCCGAAUUCAGCAUGAGUUACGACAGCGUGCGGCGCUCGAUGUCCGGGAACUUGAACGAUCUGUUUUCCGGGGGCGGUCAGAGGCGCGCGAGUACCGUAGAGACACCGAGGCUUGCCAGGAGGAACUCGGAGCAAAAGGCAUCGUAUCCGAGGCGUGGGUCGCUUACCAAUCUGAUCUUUAGGAGUGCUAGCGACACCAGCGCCUCCCAGAGGUUUAAUGUGGACGAUAGACUCCGGAAGAUCAACAAGAUGGACAAGGCGUCGGUCGAGCGGGCCUCGGAUGCAUACAGCUACUUCUUCGACUACCCUGUCCUGCACCAAGACGCGAGAGAGCUUGCCCGCCAGGAGCUCCACUCCGCCCUGCGCGAGUCCUGCAGCCGCGGGGAUGUGUCCCGGGCGAAGGCGAUCCUGCGGGACCUCGGCGCCGAGGCUGAGAUCAUCAUUAACUCGGCGCCCAACGGAUCCAAUACGUUGCUCUUCAAAGCAUGCGAGGAGGGGCAGCGCGAGAUGGUGCGACUGUUGCUUGACCACGGUGCAGACGGAAGGAUCCAUCCAGUCACCAAGUACUCGCCUUUGUACAUUGCGUGCUACUAUGGCCGCAGGGACAUCGCUGAAAUGCUGCUUAAGAAAUUUCCAACUUUAGUUAAUGUGUCAACUGUAGAGCGAUGGCUGCCCUUGCACGCUUGCAUCAUCAAUGGUCACACUUCCGUUCUGGAACUGUUGCUCAAGUUUCCGUAUCCAGAGGAAGCUUUGAGAAAGUAUUGGGACAAAACUGGCCAGUAUGAGUAUGAGAUGGCAUUUGACAUCAACAUGAAAGAUGUCACUGGACAAAGUGCUUUGUACUUAGCAUGUUAUGUGGGCAACCAAAAACUUGUGGACCUUCUUUUGAAGCACAGAAUACAGGCAACCAAAGUUAAGACCAAAGAAGAAAUCGAGAAGGAGAGACAGCAGAAAGAAAUGGACUCAAGCAGCAAUGACUCCAAGUCCAGCAGCAGAGAGAACACGAAGACGAGCAUCGACUCCACCUCGGACUUAGCGGAGAAGAGUGAUGACGUUGCCAGCCCCACCAAGCACCGCAUUUCAGGAGGGAUUCAGGCCCUGAUGUCUAAGCUGAAUCUCGUGAAAACGGAUACCAAUCAAAAGGAUAACAUGAUCUCGCCUCUUGAUAUUGAUAUGUACUGUAAUAGCAACACAGAGACGGCUCUUCACAUAGCUGUGAAAAACAAGCAUCACAGUAUUGUGUCGAUGCUGUUAGCAGCUGGAGCCAACCCCAACCUGCGAGUGUAUCUGCCAGAUGACGAGAUGGCCAGAUUAGCCGAGGACGAAUAUAUAUUCACAGACUGCUUUAGAAACAAAAACUUUCAUUCAAACUUUGACUAUGUAUACAAAGAAAUUAGGCUCUACCAAGCUAUAUGGGGCAACAAAAUUCCAUCAGGCUCCACAGCGCUGGUCGAGGCUUGCCGGAACAGGGACUUGGGCAUGCUGGACCUCCUUCUAAAAAGCCAUGCCAGGGACGACGAGUGUAAGGCCCUCUUCAUUGCAGCGCACGCCAAAGAUGAAAUCAUAGUGUCCAAGCUUCUGGCGCUCAAGGCACACCCAGACCCAGAGUUCAAGGUGAACAAAAGAGCUCUAGAAAUUAAACCGAGCCAACAAUUCAGUUCCUUGAGUGUCAGCAAUGCCGGGGGUGUUUAUUCUUCAUUGGCCCCCUCCACGCCAGUCAUGAUUAACUGGCAUGGGCAGAGAUGUCUGUCGUAUCUGAAGGACCAAUGGCUAGUUGAUGCCUCGGUAAACCUGAACCCAAAGCUGAGGUUGAGUCCACGCAACCAAGUGAUCGCCCUCUAUGCCAUCACACGCUUGGACAUCUCAAACAAUGCUCUCACAGAGUUGCCUGAUAUGAUCUUCCAACUUCCUAGUCUGAAGACUUUGAAUGCAGCCCAGAACAAGAUUGAAAAACUCCCCCCAAACAUAGGACAUUUUAUCGAUGGCACUGUGACUCUCCCGCGGAAAGGUUCCAAAAAAGAGCUUGUGAUUGGUCCUUUGUCUGUAUUAGAGGAGGUUCAUUUACAGGACAACAGAUUAGACUCCUUACCAGAUGGAAUCUUUACACUCCCUGCACUCCAGCUUCUUGACGUAUCCAACAACAAGUUGUCCUCAUUACCUUACAAGAUCUGGACGGCCCCUAAGUUGAGAGAGCUCAACGCUUCCCUCAACCUCCUACACGACCUCCCCGUUCGACCUGAGGGACAAGGUCAUGACUCUGGCAUGAGUUCUGAUGCUGUAAGUGAGGUGAGUGAUGAGGACAGCCUCUCAUCAGCCAGUGAACUACAGCUGAGUCUCAUGGACGAUUCAACAGAUGAGUCUCCAGCACGGAGGAAGACACCAGACCACAGAGGGGUUCUCUCCUUGGGCAAGCACGGCAAUGUCAUCACCUGCUGCCGACGUCGAGACCUGAAGCACCAUAGCCUCUGGUCCAAUGCAGUGGAGAUCCAGGAGUCUCUUGUCGGUGUCAGAGAGACAGAAGAGGAGACUCUGUCCAACCUCCAGUCUCUCAACCUCUCUCACAACUCUUUUACGUCCGUUCCCAGUGGCCUGGCCUGCCUGGCUCUUUCUCUCAACCGUCUCAACCUUAGUUAUAACAGAUUAAGUGAGAUGGGUGCAGCCAUUUGCUAUCCUGUUGGGUUAAAGCAGUUGGAUCUCUCUCACAACCGUAUCCGAGCCUGGCCUACAGUUUCUCGUAGUGAGUCGCUGGAAAGCCUCGAGUCAACCUUGCCAUCAUGUUAUGCCCUUGCUGAAGUAUCCAGGAGUGCUAAAUUUGGAUGCCAAGUACAAACUAGUAAACUCCACCCCUUCUCCUUCCUCCCACCUCACAAUUACAUAGGUCGAAAGUACAGCCAGAACCUGAAUGUAAACCGCGUGAGGGGGGGCACCAGUUCCCCCUUGGGCGUCUCCCCCACCCCCGGGCUCUGCAUCCACCGUCGUCACAUUCGCCUGGAGUCUCUAAGGACCCUCAUCCUGGCCGACAACUCUCUCACACGCCUCAACCUCUACCUGGACGACAACGAGUUCUCUGUCGUUUCAGAAGUUGAUGAAAAUGAAGCCAGUCCCGUCCGAAGCAGUGCACCAAGGAAGUCCUGGUUGCUGUUUCCUAACCUGUCAAUGUUGGAUGUCAGUAACAACCUCCUCAGAGAGUUGCCAACAACACUACAUGAGCUUACAAACUUGUCUGUUCUCAACAUAUCAGGCAACACUGAUAUUACAGAGCUGCCCCCAGAGAUGGGACUCCUCUCUAGGCUGUGGAACCUCAACACACGCGCAUGCUCUCUGCAGGAGCCCUUGAAGUCCAUGAUUGAUAGCAAGAAAUACAAGACCAUGGAUGUGAUUGGAUAUUUAAAGAGUAUACUUGAGGAUGCAAGACCAUAUGCCCGUAUGAAGUUGAUGAUUGUAGGCGUGCAAGGCAUUGGCAAGACGUCCCUCCUGGAACAGCUCAGGCAAGAGGGCACUGGGUCGUAUAGGAAGAAGCCAGUUGAGCACUGGGCAAAGCGAAUGGGAAACAAAAACAUCAAUACCCGCACCUCCAGAGGGACAAGCAUGUCGACCGUUGGUGUUGAUAUUGGUGACUGGAUUUUUGAGAAGAAAGUCCGUGGUCAUAGUAACUAUGGCCCGGUGGUGUUCAGGACAUGGGACUUUGGUGGGCAGAAAGAAUACUACGCCACCCACCAGUACUUCCUCUCAAAGAGGUCCCUCUACCUGGUUGUGUGGAAGAUCAGUGAUGGCGAGCGAGGGGUGGCUGAGAUCCUGCAGUGGCUGGUUAAUAUUCAGGCUCGUGCUCCGAAUUCUCCUGUGCUUAUUGUGGGGACACACUAUGAUCUAGUGAAGGAAAAGUUCCCUCCAUCAUGGAGCGAGGACCUCCAGCAAAUGAUUAGGGACAAAUUCAUCAACGUCAUUGAUGCAGAUAAGCUUGGGCUCCCUCGAGUGUUGGACACCAUUGAGGUGAGCUGCAAGACACGACACAACAUCAAGCUACUCUGCAACUUGAUAUAUGAUACAGUGUUCUCCCUGAAAACUCCAGGGAGCAAAGAGCGUCUCCUGGAGCAGCGCAUCCCAGCCUCCUAUCUAGCUCUAGAGGAUGUGGUUGGAGUUUUAGCCCUUGAGAGACGAGUCCAGGGCAGAGACCCAGUGCUGCCUGCAGACAAGUACCAGGCACUCGUCACUCAAGAAAUGUCAGCCAGGGGUCAUAGGCCUUUCAGAGACUCGGCAGAGUUGAAUCAGGCCACGACAUUCCUGCAUGAGAAUGGUGUCAUGUUGCAUUACGAAGACGCAACGCUGAAAGAUCUGUACUUCCUGGAUCCGCAAUGGCUGUGUGACAUGCUUGCCCACGUCGUAACCAUCAGAGAAAUUAAUCCCUUUGCUCGGAACGGCAUAAUGAAGUUAGAUGACCUGAAACAUGUAUUCAAAUCCUCCACCUGUGCCCCCAUGGAUGCCAAGUCAUACAUAGUGAACCUCCUGAACAAGUUUGAGGUUGCGCUCACCUGGGACAACAGGACACUGCUCAUCCCUUCCCUGCUGCCAUCGGAGGAGCAGCUGCGCAGUGGGCUUCCGGGCAUGGAUGUUAGGGUAAAGAUUCCAGUGCGAUCAAGAGGCUGGGCCGUUCGCAGCAAAAAGUUCUCCAGCUCAACGGGCUCCACCAUUGUCGGGAAUUCGGCAUUCUACAUGACAAAUGCAGAUGUGCGAAAGCCAGCCAGGCCUCUCUCUUACCACGGUCUCACCACAGAAGCGAUAGGGAGCCCCAAGAAGGAGUCGGAGGAGGUGGGCCUAACCCCCUCAGCAGACCCCCCAGCAGUGCAAGUGACACACCGCUCAGCUCCCCAUGCGGCCAUCCGGAGGCUGCUGCUCAUGUCCUACUUUCCGUCAGGCUUCUGGUCUCGACUCAUCACCCGUAUCUUGGCAGACGAUGCUGUCGUCGACAUUAUUAGGAAUUACUUUGUCAUGCCCAGAGAGGUGCUAAAUGACCGUGAUUUAUCAUCCGUUUUGGGAGGGCAGGCAGAGUGGGUGUGCUGGCAAACAGGCAUGGAGCUCCACUAUGCCCACACUACUCUCUUCCGCAUGAGGGAAGUCCUGCCCUUGCACAUGCACUGUCAGCCUUCGCAUGGGCCACAUACACCUACGCAUGGAGCCAGCCACACUAGUCAGCUGACAUAUGACUACAAGAGCAUGAGGUUCCUUGUCAGACAGGAAGGCGUGUGGUCUGAUGUUGAGGUAAACAACUCGGCAGUCCUAGAAAUCAUCCUACCCAAUGAGGCGGUGGUGAUUAAGCGGCCCUUUCAGGAAAAUGACGCCACAAGCACGGCUGCAGAUAUUCUAGCUUGCGGCAUUCAGUCCGUGGUCCUUGAUCCAGCUCCUGAGUGUGUGGCCAAACUCCUCUCACUUGCAGUGGACCACAUUGACACUUUGUUAGAAGACUGGUACCCAACCCUAGGCACGAGGUUUGUGCACACGAGCGAGGGCAAGUUCUUGGUGACGCGCUUGGUUCCAUGCCCUGUUUGCCUGGAAUGCCAUGGGCAGCAUGAGGGCCCUGGAAACCACCCACAGGCACGGCACCUGCCUGAUAACUGGGGUUCGUUUGUUGAGAUGAACCCUCUCUACUGCUCCAUGACAGCCUCACAGAUAUCACAGGACCUCAAUGCCUCCCACACCUCACUGGAGCGCUCUCUUCUCACUAACAGUUUAAUGGGAAGUCUGGCUCCGUCCCAACAGGGUCACCCACUUGUUGGCGUCCCAUCCCCGCAGCCAGGUGGAAGAUGCUCCACAUCCUCCACUGCUGCAGGUGGAGGAGGAGGAACGGUGGGAGGGGGAGUGUCACCAGGUGGAGCGGCUAUUGGGGCGAACAUGUCACCACAGCUUCCUAGACGCAGCUGGGGAUCUCGGGAGUCAUACACCUCCGACGGAGAUAGUGGCGUUGGAGCUGAAUCUACUACCUCAAGAUAUUUUGUCAUGAACUGCAAGUGUCGUAGUCAGCAUUUAUAUAUUUUUAAUUGUCGCAAGCCAUCAGCCGAAGGGAGACCAGACCUCGACAACAGCGGAAACAACGAAGGAGAGACAUCCGGCGCCCAAGAGGUGACACCAGUCGUCUAUUCCUUCAUGGUGGAGGAAUGCAUUCUAGCUGCUUACACUGCUCGCUCUGUGCCAUGUCCUCUCCAUGCGGAUCUCCUUUUGGCUCAGAUUGCGCCCGACACAGUUUUCCUGGACUUAGGUGACAGGUACCUUGUUCGUCCAGAGCUGAUCAAGCAGGGCAAACUGCUGGGCCGCGGAGGCUUUGGCUUUGUCUUCCAAGGGGCGUGUCGCAACAGAGCCAGUGGGGCUCCCAUGGAUGUAGCUCUCAAGAUGCUGCAGCCUGUUGACCCUGGAACCAGUGCCAGACAGAGUGCCAUUGUUGCUUAUAAGGCUGCUCAGAGCAAGUGGGAACGAGACCCCCUGCAGUACGCAUGCAAGGCUUAUUGCUCAGCAAGACAAGAGGUGAACAUUCUCCUCUCUCUCCGCCAUCCUCACAUUGUUCCCUUGGUGGGCGUAUGUCCACGACCCCUCGCCCUCGUCCUAGAGUUGGCACCCCAAGGAGCUCUCGACCAGUGUCUUAAGCAUUACCAGAGAUCAGGAGCCAGACUUUCCCUCCAUACAUUGCAAGCUGUUGUGUUGCAGGUUGCCAAAGCCCUGGAGUACCUGCACGGCCAACACAUCAUCUAUCGAGAUCUAAAGAGUGAAAAUGUACUCGUGUGGGAACUUCCUCCACCCUUCCAUCACCAACCCCAGCCCAAAGUAGAUGUCCGACUUGCUGACUAUGGUAUCAGCAGAUCGAGUCUGCCUACUGGAACGAAGGGCUUUGGAGGCACAGAAGGAUUCAUGGCACCAGAGAUGAUGAGACACAACGGAGAAGAAGAAUACACGGAAAAGGUGGACUGCUUCUCUUUCGGCAUGUUCAUGUAUGAGCUGCUGACAACACACCAACCAUACGAACACUGUGACAAUGUGAAGGAGCAUGUGCUGGAGGGAGGGCGGCCAGCUCUCACUCACAGGGAGACAGAAUACCCCGUAUACGUGCUUGACCUGAUGGUGAUGUGCUGGUCACAGCAGCCGAGGCUACGACCCUCUGCAUCCCAGAUUGUGUCCAUCGCCUCGGCACCAGAGUUUACCCACCUCCUGGACGUGGCCUCGCUUGAUCACUCCCUUAAUAUCAUGGAUGCAAUCAGGGUACCGCCUGUGUUGGUAAAGGAUGAAGAUGGGGAAUUAGUUGUGCGUGACCAAGGCAGCAUCUGGGUGAGCCGCACUUCACCACAACUGGACAUGGUGGGCGCAGGUGAAUGGGGCUGGGGCGCCUACACCAGCAUAGAGGGGCUUCCUGACACCAUCACUGCAAUGUGCUGUGUUGGGGAAUACGUGUGGCUUGGAGACAGUGCGGGAAAUAUCCAUGGCUAUAGCACCCGUGACUAUGGAAGAGUCUUCAGCUAUUGCCUUGAGCCCGAUGCACCCCAGUCGUCUCCUGUUCGCUCACUCUGCAGCUUGCAUGCACUAGGAAGAGUUGCAGUUGCUCUUUGCAAUGGCCGUCUCUUCCUGUGCAGUUCAGACGUUACGCCAACAUCUCCUGUGCUUGGUGAAGGAAGCUUUGUUAUGACUGAGUUAGCUGGAUCCACACAGGAGAUUCACUGCUUGGCAGUGGCCCAAACUCCUACUACAUGGUCUUUAUGGUGUGGAGGCAGCGAGGGGACAAUGAGCGUCUUCUCCUUGCGCGAUGAUGGCUUGGUGGUGAGCCAGGACUCUGUCUCACACUUCACCACCUCCACACCUCCUCCCUCAGGAGAUGCCUGUGAUGUCUUGAUCCUCCAUGCGCCACAGACAAUCUCAGCUGUUUCUAGACACCUAAGGAAUUCUAUUUGGUCUUAUGUUUAUCCAGGCUGUGUUGUAUAUCACUGGGAUGUAAAAGAGAAGAAAUUAGUUAACAGAUUGGACUGUUCCAAGUUAGUUCCUUGUUCUGAAAGUCUGCAGUCCAUUAGCAUUGAAGAGCACCUAUCCCCUUCACAGUGUCAGGUCUCAGCUGUAGCGGUGUGUGGAGGCGAGGUGUAUGUGGGGACGACUUGGGGCUGCGUCGUGGUGGCUGAGGCAGAAUCUAUGCGGCCUAUCACAGUCUUCCGGCCCUACGAAGAUGAGGUGCGAGCCAUUGUCCCACUGCCACCAACAUCAGUCAUUGUUGAGCCCGAGUUGGGAUCGGGAGACGUAUCAGAUGGCAGUGAAGGGGACAUUGAGAGGCUAAUGAACCCGGUGCCACUGCUGGCAACCAUUGGGAAGGGCUACCGCAAUCUGCUGGGCCGUUACGCACCCAUUCCCAGAUCAGCACAACCCGAGCCGGGUGCCCAGAGAGCCAUGUACUGCUUGCUAUGGCGAGCACACCAUUGGCUCAACACAUGAGUCUUCUCGUCAGAGUGAUAUAGGAUUUUGUUGAUAUUGUAUUUGUUGAUAACUAAAAAAGCUAGUUUCUAAAAAAGUUCUUUCUUUUUUUGUACACAAUAAGGGAAAAAAGAAAAAAAAAGUGAAAUUGGUCACAAAUUAGAUAAUUAAGUGAGUCAGAGAUUUUUUAGGUUGUAUCUAAAAAGGAUUCUUACUCAGGAUAUUUCUUAACAUGAAUCAGUUACAAAAGAAAAACGAAACAAUAGAAGAAAAGACUUGAUAAAUGAUUUCCAGUGGAGAAGAAAUGACGAAUUGCUUCAUGAAAACAAAAUUGUUUCAUCCUCACCAUCAGAUAAGACUACAGCAAAGACUAUAGAAAAAUAUUACUCAGCUAAACUUCAUUCAAGAUUUCUGAUGUAUGAAUGGAAAUUGAAUGGGAAUAUUGUAAAGCUUUCAGGUUUUGUGUAACAAGCUUCCAUUAUUUCCAUUCAUCACAAGCAGAGGAACUAUUCAUUUACAGUGAUAAAGAACAUCCAAAGUGGCUUCUGAGUUGAAGUAUGUUUAGGCCUUGAAUACUUUCUUUUGCGUAUUGAAGUGUGACCUCGGAAGACGAAAACUAUUCCUGUGUGACAUGUGUAUACAAGAUAAGUCCUUAUGUUUUAAAAUCAUACACAAAAAUUGCCUUAAUCGAUAUCUAUCCGUGAUGCGGAUGGCAGCUUUUAGGAUUUUUUUUGAUAGGUUACCAGGUUGAACUUCUUGCCGUUAAGGUUUUUAUGUAUAUUUAUAUACAGUAAUUGCCAAGCAAGACAUGUUAGUACUUCCACUUUAUUUUGAGGCUUUGUUUUAUAACAGAUAGAAUCAGUACACAAGACACUGUUAUAUACUGUUUUACCUGCAGAGAAAACGAAAAAUGUCGACUGAAAUGAAUAGUUGAUAUUUUUACCAAAGAAACUAUUCCAGGAUUACUUGUACUAUAUAUAAUGGCAAUUCUAUUUAAUCAGCUGUGAUUUAAUGUGUAUUCCUAUGUAAACUAUGAUGUAGCACAAGUGUAUGACUACUUAUAAACUCACUGCGCUUUGUCAGUAUCGGCAGACUGACCAACUCAGAAUUCUUGUUCUCUAGUCAAUAACUGUUUUAUUGUGAUAAUGUUUCUUACAGGCAACCACGGUUAUUUUUAGUGCAGGGUUUUUUGUAAAAUUGACAUCAUACCAGCAACACAUUCUCAAUACUUGAA